AAUGAUGACGUCGUGCUGCUCGCUGCCUUUUGUGAGCUUCGUGGCCUCGUGACGCCGCCUCCUCACAGGGCGCAGCCGCUGGACCGGGGAGACGCCAACUGUCGCUCUGGUUAGCUGCUUGUAAACAAAUCUGUUCACCUCCGAGAUGUUCGGAAAAGAAACCUUUUGUGCGAACCUGUUUGCUGCGCCGUGACAGCAGGUUUUAACGGUCACCAUGUAGGUAAACUCGGAGUUAUUUGACGCCCGGGAGCGGGGUAACUUUAGUGGACAGCUGAUUUUUUUUACAUUUUUAUUUUCGUUCAACCGAUGUCGUCAUUUAACCGGUGGGAUCCCGGACAUUUGAUUGCUAUGCUCACCUAAAUCGCUCGCUAACGAGGUGAAGAAGCUUGUGUGUUAGCUCAGCUAGCUUUGAUAAUAUUUAAACAUGGCAUCUGCUGCUGCGGAGCACGACCUGGUUCUGUCCGAGGCGGACAGCAGCAAGGAGAAAGGCCAGGUGUUCGGGAUCCUCAGGCUGCAGGAGGAGAAGUCAGGUGCAGGGGACAAGGCGAGCAGCAGCACAGGGAGAGGAGGUGGAGGUGGAGGAGGUGGUGGUGUGGGAGACGGGCGAUGGCAGGCUCCAAUCUUCGCUUUAGCCAGGAAAGCAUCAGAGACCAUUUCAGGAAGCAUUCACGUCCUGCCAAAAGUGUCGGAACACAGGACUUCCCUUCCUGGUGACUGGACUGUCCAAGCGAUGCGUGACCCGAUGGCCAUGGAGCGAGCCAACCUGCUGAACAUGGCGAAGCUCAGCAUCAAAGGCCUGAUCGAGUCGGCUUUGAGCUUCGGCCGCACGCUGGACUCGGACUACCCGCCUCUGCAGCAGUUCUUCGUGGUCAUGGAGCACUGUCUGAAGCACGGCCUCCGAGUGAAGAAGUCCUUCCUGGGCUUCAACAAGUCUCUGUGGGGUCCUCUGGAGCUGGUGGAGAAGCUGUGCCCAGAAGCGUCUGAGAUCUCUGCCUCUGUUCGGGAUCUUCCCGGCCUCAAGACCCCUCUGGGCCGGGCCAGAGCCUGGCUCCGCCUGGCCCUCAUGCAGAAGCGGCUGGCCGACUACCUGCGCCUCCUCAUCACUCGGAAAGACCUGCUCAGCGAUUUUUACGAGGAUUCGGCGCUGAUGCUGGAGGAGGAGGGGGCGGUGAUCGUGGGCCUGCUGGUGGGCCUGAACGUCAUCGACGCUAACCUUUGCGUCAAAGGCGAGGACCUGGACUCUCAGGUCGGAGUGAUCGACUUCUCCAUGUAUUUGAAGAACGACAUGGACGACUACAGAAGCGAGGAGAGGAAUAGCCAGAUAGCGUCCAUCUUAGAUCAGAAGAACUACGUAGAAGAACUGAAUCGACAGCUCAACUCCACGGUCCACGGUCUCCACAGCCGAGUCGACUCGCUGGAGAAAUCAAACUCCAAACUCAUAGAGGAGCUUGCAAUAGCCAAGAACAACAUCAUCAAACUGCAGGAGGAAAACCAGCAGCUGAGGAGCGAAAACAACCUGAUUCUGAUGAAGGCACAUCAUCAUCUGGAGGUGACUCAGGGCGACACGUUGGUGGAGCGGGACACCUACAAGCAGUCCCGUCAGGGUCUGGAUGAGAUGUACAACGAGGCCCGGAGGCAGCUGAAAGAAGAGUGCCAGCUCAGACAGGAUGUGGAGAACGAGUUGGUCGCUCAGGUGUCCAUGAAACAGGAAAUGGAGCUGGCCAUGAAGCUUCUGGAGAAAGACAUUCAUGAAAAACAGGACACACUGAUUGGACUGAGGCAUCAGCUGGAUGAGGUGAAAGCUAUCAAUGUAGAAAUGUACCAGAAGAUGCAGUCGUCUGAUGAGGAGAUGAAGAAGAAGAACGACGUGAUCAGUCGCCUGGAGGAGAAGACGAAUCAGAUCACCGCCACCAUGAAGCAGCUGGAGCAGAGCGAUAAAGAUCUGCUCAGCCAGACCAGAACUCUUGCCAUGUCAUUUGUUAAGUGUGCCAGCACAGACACAGAGCACCAGUACAAGCUGGUCAAAGACAUCUCCUUUUGAGGACACCAGUAACUCACUGGACUCCAAACUACAUUCCUGUUGUUUAACUUUCACAGUAAUUAAAUGGUUUUAGGGGCAACAGAGGCGCCACAGAACGGGGUGAAACCCCCGACUGCAUGUUUGGUUCAGUUCCUCAGACGAGUCUCGUGAUUCAGAGAAAUGAUCAGAUGUUUGAGUCGUGUAGCUUUUGAACAGUUUGAUUGUUGCUUAGAUAAAAGAACUAGACACCUCUUAUAUAUUCAGUCACAUGUGCAACACACUCACCCACAGUGGUCGGCUUAUCUGCAGUGAGAACGUUUGACUCUGAAGUGUCAACAUUUUUUGUUAAGUAGGAACACAAACUGUGGGGGAGUCAGCUGGUUUUUACAUUUUGUCACAUUAAAAGGAAAACAAUCAGACAUUUUGUUGGGAUUUUGUGUGACAAAUCAACACAAAGUUGUGUAUAAAUAUGAAAUGAAAAAAUGGUUUCACUUUAUUUAUUUUACAAGUCCAAAUCUUAAAAAUGUGGCGCGCAUUUGAACUAAUUCAAUUUUAUUCUGAAACUCCUGAAAUUAAUCCAGCCAAACUGAAGACACAGAAUCAGUUUAAGCUAUAAAUCAAUUAAUCGCAUGUUGAACUAAAACGAGCUCAAUAAUUUGCAUUUGCAUCGUUUAUUUUUCUCAUCUUUCUAUUGUUUUUGUUUUUAAUUUAGCUAAUUUAAAAUCUCUUCCAGUUCCAGUGUUGAAUUAAAAUUCAAUCAGUUUAUUGAUUCCAAAAAAUUUUUAAUUAUUCAAGAUUCGUCAAAAAAUUGUUUCAAACAUAGCAUAGACGAUCUCCUAUCGCAGUUUGUUGCAGCAAAUAAUUAAAAUUUACUGAUCUUAAAAACAUUUCUUUCUUUUUUAUGCCAUUAAUAGUGUUGAAAAUGGGCUCAAAACAGCAACAUUAUUGUUUAUCGCAAUGAACAUCACCUUAAUGGAGACAUGUGGUGGCAGCAUCUUGCUUUUUUUUUUUUAAUCAAGUACAGCAAAUCUUAUCGGGUUAAAUAUUCAAAAAUAUUGCAGUUGUAAUUCAAUUAAAAAGUGGUUCUACAAAGUAUUGACUUUUUUGGAAAACUUCAAUAAAAUCUUGCAUAAAAUCCCAGUAAAACAAACUGAAGUGACAAAAUGUAAAAAGGUUGAAGUGGUGUGUUUUUAUUUUAUGUUGGUUGGGCUGAGAUGCUUGUGCCUAAAAGGACAUUUAGCCUCCGUUUACGCUACAGUCUGAAGUGACCCAAUUACGUCGUCCGGCGUCGUUCACAUUUCCAAAUAAAUGCGACUUGUGUUCUCCUGUGUGAGAACACUGUGUAACAACCUGAGUGUCCCGCAUGCGCAGUAGAGGGCGCUAUAACGUUCUGCCAACCGCCAUAAAAAGAAGUGCUCAGUGUUUACGGAAGUAAACAUGGAGGCUAACGGUGGAGCGUAGCUCACACACAUGAAGUUGUUGUCUGACCUGAGCAGCAUAUUAACAACUUAAUCGUCAUUACAGUCCAUCAUGGUUGCUGUUUUUCUUCCCGCUUGUGAGUAACAGGACGCAGAAUCAGAACGUAUCGGAUACCGAAGGCUGCGUUCACACUGAGGCUGAAGUGACCCAAUUCCGAUUUUUUUUUUUUUGACGUAAUGCGACCCGUAUCUGAUCUUUUCACAACAGUCUGAACAACACAGGUCGGAUUCUUUUCUAAUGCCACUCAGACCCCUUGCAUAUCCGACUCAAAUGUGACCUAACGAUCAAGUUGCAUUCAUCUGACCUGAACGUCGCUGAUACUGGACAAAUCUCACGAUUCUGCACCCUGAUACGCGCAAGCAGGAAGAAAAGUAACAACCACGACGGCCUGUGAUGAGGAUUAAGUUGUUAAUUUGCUGCUCCGGUUGGACCACAACUUCAAAUUAGGAUGCUAACUCCACUGUUAGCAUCCAUGUUUACUUCCGCAAACACUGAGCACGUCUUUUUGUAGCGAUUGGCAGAACACUGAGAACGCUGACGUUACAGCGCCCUCUACUGCGCAUGCGGGACACCGUCAGGUCCUUUGCCCCUUCACACUGGAGAACACAUCCAGGUCGCAUAUGUGUGGCAGUGUGAAUAAAAUCUGAUUUGACAAAAUAUUGCAAUUGGGUCAGGCUGCAGUGUGAGGCCAUCCUGUGUUGUUCAGACCGUCAUGAAAACAGCAGAUGCAGGUCGCAUUUCGUCAAAAUAAAUCAGAACUGGCUCACUUCAGGCUGCAGUGUGAACAGCCUCAGUUUCAACCUCUGGCAGCAAAGUUCAGGUUUUAAAAAGAAAACAACCAGGGCACUAAACUGCAAAAACACAAAGUCUUACCAAAUAUUUUUUGGUCUAGUUUCUGGUGAAAAUAUCUUAGAACAAUUAAAAUUAGAUCAAACUAACUUACAAGUCACUUUAUCAAGAAAUUGAGACUUGUUUUAAAUCAUUAAUUUGUAAAAAGUACUUGUUCUACUGGCAGAUUAUUUAGCCUAUAGCAAGACAUUUUCUCAUGUUAUAAGUUAAUUUAUCUACCGAUAGAGCUGGUAUUUUCAUCAAUAUUAAGGAAUUAUUUACUAAAACCAAGCCUCUAUAUCUUGCUGAAAAGUUAUUUCAAGUGUAUUAAAAUAUUUGCAUCAGAAACUAGACCACAAUGGUAAGAUUGUAUUAUAGUGUAAAUUGAUCUCAUUGCAGCCCUAAUUAUUAUUUUAUUUUAUUUUAUGAGUCAGCCAGUAAGGAUCUCAGAGCAGAUGCAGCAUCAAACAGGACUGUGUGCUUCAGGUCUGCUGCUGGUUUGUGCUGCAUGUGUUGCACUUCCUGACCCGCUUCCCAGUGGCUGUGACGACCCCGCGUGCGCCUGCCGCCAGCCCCGCCCUCACUGUCUGUAAUUCAGCUGUUAGUUAAAGUUAAAAGUUUGGUAAAACCUGCAGGGCUCCACCAUGAAGCGCAGAAUAACGACAGACUGCAGGGAGCUGCAGAGGCAGAGCCGUAAAAAUCAACAUUGUUCUCGUUUUCGGCAUAUUUACUGACUUCUUCUGUGAUACACGGUAUAUUAAAAUAAUAAUAAUAAUAAUCCUUCUGACUAUUCUGACUUAUAUGUUUAUAAAACUUUGGAUUUUUAGACAGAAAUAAAGACCCAGUCCUGUUAGUUAAAGCUCACAACUGUUGUCUUUUACCACAGUGAUCAAUAAAUGAAAGUGUUUUGAAAGUC